AACAUACCGCUGCUGUGAGACUAAAGUUUGUAGCAGCGUGCUUCAAUGAUCAAUCCUCGAUUACUCGGCGUGGUUUAAACUACAAUCUGCACCACAAGACAGUUUAAGCAAGACACUUUUUCUUUGAGCUCGGCUAUUAAGAAUUUUGAUUACAAGUUACUUUUUAAAAACUACAAAAUGACCGUGAAAGGUAAAUGAUUUUUAUGUUUUGUUGAGUGUAAUUUGUGUCUUAUUAAACAUACCGUAAUAUUUUAAUAAAAUAAAGAAGAGACUGAUUCAGUGAGUGAUUCUGAGUGAAGUGAAAUCUAGUUCUAAGUUUUUUCAUGCCAAUCAUGCUCUCUGGGGACCUGGACUACAACUUCUCAAGACUACAGUUCUAAGUCCAAUAUGCAACCAAAAUAUGGCAUAUAUUGUCACAACUUUAUUUAACAUGCAAUUAUAAGUUACAGUAGUGUCUUAGUCUUAGUCUACACCAAGCAAAGUGCAAAGUAGACUGCUACGAUACUAAGAAGGCUUACUAAGGCCUGGGGUAUACCAGGCCAGGCUAAGCCCCUAAUUGCUAAGCUAAGUUAGUAGUAACUGAGGCUAAAUUUCAAAAAGAAAUCAGAUUCUGAAAUGGCUUAAAUUUCUUCUUGUAAUUUGAUUUCUUGUUGAACCUUAGUCUUAAAUAGUCUACGCCAGUCUAGGCCUACUAACUGUGCUGUUAGGUUGGUGGAACUAAUAUAUCGGAUAUAGGGGCAACUCAUCCCUUAUUACUAAAAUACUGUUUGGGAACUACUUAUUUUGAACUUUCAAAUUUGGCACAUGACUAAUUAAAUAAUGCUUUCCCUGACCUGGUCUAAUAGUUUUUGCACACAGCAAACUUUAAUUAAUGAAAACUCUGAGAUAGUAGUACGGUAUAGCCGUUAUGCAAGUCACUGUUAAUGGAUGCCAUGACUAUGAAAUUUUGCACACAGCAAAUUAUGAUCAUUUAUAUGGACUCCACCGGGUUUUUUAAACUAAAAUUAUAUAUUUUUCUUUCAAUAACAUUUAAGUUCAUUCUAAAACAUAAGUUAUCAAAUAUUUUGAUGUAAAUAAUGGAAAUAAUUAAAUAUUUCAUAAGUAGCUGCGUCUUCCGCCAUCAUUGAAAGGGGCGUGGCCGCUUCCUUAUCAAAAUUGGGUUGAGCUACAUUACCAUUUAGCGGUUUACUCGAAUGAGCAUAACAAGUGAUCAGUAAGCCAUGCCCAAUACUAAGUUACUACCACAGGAGAAUUGGGGUCAGCUUAAGGUCUUUCACCAGAAAAAGAUUAAAUGAGAGUAAAAUAGAACACCUAUAUAUAACACACUGCUGAGAGGAGAAGGGGCUGGUGUGCUUAGUGGGGUGUGUCUGAAUAUCUUUCCAGGCUAUACUAAAACACCUGAUUAUCUUGAUGAAUAAAAUAAAAAUAUGGCUCCUAGGCUUAAUCAUAAUGCAGGAGUGGUCCACCCAUGGUAAUUAACUCUUUCCCUCCGGAAUUAUUUUCCACGUUAUGACGGAAUUAUCUAUUUCGGGUUUUUGUUACGCACUACUAUGUUUUCUCUAAACCUUCAUAACUUUUUUGUUUUUAAUCAGAAAAUGUUAAUAUUGGUAUGGAAUUAAAGGGAAAUGCAUGCUCUUUGCAAACAAACAAGAUUUGGGUUUAAAUUUUAAUAACUGUGAUUGUGAUUUAAUGAAAAUAAAAAUUUAUUUUAAAAAACUCACCAAAUGUUCACAAAACGCUCCUUUGAAGUCACACGAAGAGAAUUAUAUAAUCCAAAGUGUAAUAAAAAUGUUUUUUUUCUGAACUAUAUUCAUAUGUGCAUCACAAAUAAUAAAGAUCAACUUUCAAAAAAGAAAAAAUUAAACCUCAGAGCACAUUAUUCAUUGUCACCACCACACAAAAAAUUAGGAAAAAAAUUUAACUAAUUCCACUGGAAACAAUCUGUUGCUAUUUAAAAAAUAAUUGCACUGUAUCCUUGUUUGUAUGUACUAAAAUUUAUAAUAGUAAAUGGAGAAUUUACCAUACAUUAGUCACAUAUUUCCAUCUGGGUUUAGCAAUAGUAAGCCUAAAAAACAAUCCAUAUGGAUGUGCCCUUUAGCUGGGGGGCGGGGCUGGUUGUUCAUCAGCUGAUGAAUUACCAAUUUCAUUAUUUUGUCACUAGUACUACUAAUACUAGUACUAGGAUUAUAAUCAUACGAUUCAACAGAAUCAGCCUCUGCAUUUGAAAUCAUAAAAUCACUGUCUGAAUCAUCAUAAGAGUAAUAUUUUCCACCUUUAUUACAUUGAUCACCAGAUGGGUCAGGUCAAGAUUUCAUGUUUGUAAACAAAAAUAAAAUGGACAAUCAAAACAACCGCUUCAAACAAUUCGUUCUUCGCUCAAUCACAGAAAAACCGGAUGUUUAUGAAAGGGAAAUCAUUCUAGAAUUGAUUUAAAAUAACUAAAUACCAAUAGCUAAGAAAAGAACCGAAAUAAACAGGUUUUUUAUACAUCGACGAUCCCAUCGUCGAUACGCCAAACUCUUCAUUUCAAAUCGACGAUGGGAGCGUUGAUCCGGAGGGAAAGAGUUAACGUUAAAUUUCAUGGCUAGCUGUAUGUUUUGCAAAAUAAAUACCUUAUUUCUAAAUUCAAUCAGCAUUAUCUUACUUCUUAGCAUAAACGCUCAUUUAAAAUAGGCUAUAUACAUGUACAUCAGUUUAUUUUUUUGUGAUGGUACGCACUGUUUCAGUGUUAUAGAAAUUUUAAUAAACAUUUCACUGUUUAGAAAGUACUAAAAUUAAAUUAUUUAUAUAAAUACAACUUGGUAAAGGGAACUUAAGUGUUACACAAGCAUUUCUUUAGUUGUUCUCUUAUUGAUUAAGUGUAUAAUGAUACAAAACUAUAUUCAGGUAAUAGCUUAAGUGCACCCCUGCAACCUACUUUAGGAUGUGAUACAAAAGUUAUUGAAUAUAUUAUUCUGUAUGUUAUUUAUAAUCACGUUACAGUAUUUUACGAUUUUGAGUAUUACAGACCUGUUUACUCUUAAGAUUUUGGCGUAGAAUGUACGAUUUUGAGGCGUAUACAAUAUAAUAUAUACUGUAUGUUUAUUUUUUACUAUAAAUAUAAGGUAUUGAACGAUUUUGUGAUGAUAUUGUACGAUUUUAAGAGUUUGAGGGUAAUCAGGUCUGGUAUUAUCCUCAAACUAGAUUAAAGUAUUUUUGAGUUGCUAGGUGAACAGGUCUGAACAAAUUAAAUUUGAUGUGGUAAUAAGGCCUGGGCAAAAUUAAUUCUUGCAACCUGUUAACCUUCUAGUCCCAUGUUAGAAGUAUAAGUCUGUAAAUUUCUCAUGACCAUUGUUCCCUGUAAGCUGUGUGCUCUUGCACAGAAGGGGGGGGGGGAGAAAGUGCGCAUUGCUGAAACAGGUUUGUGCACACGAAAGGAAAUGUUAACACACACAAUAUUACAAUAUAUUGUAUUACUAUUUUUAAAAGAGUACUGAUAAAAAAAUUGUCGAGUAAAUUACUAUUACAAUAUAGUAAAAGCUUACAGUAUUAGUUUUGUAAACAAAUAUAGAGUUAGUAAAAUUUGUAACUUAUUUUAUCUAAUGCAUAUGGUGCACACUUACAUAUAGUUGUCAGACAUUGCACGACACCAAAAUGAGCACACAGCAGAGACAUUGCUCAAAACUAUAUUUUACAUGACUAAGAAGUUUUAGGACACAGAGGAAAGGCAAAUUUGUCAAUUCAAAUAAAACAUAUGAAAGUGAAAGUAUCAAAAGUCUCUCUCUGUCAAAAUGGAUGAAACACAUGACCUUUCAGAUGCACAACUACUUCGACUAUAUGCUACCCAGACAAACUCCCUCGACUAUAUGCUACCCAGACAAACUCCCUAAAUUGCACCAACAGGCACACAAUUCUAACAUAUAGUAUUGUCCUAUUUUCAACUCAAACAUUAAUCGCCUAAACGUAAUGUCAACUUAAUCUAUCUCUUAUCUUCAGGCACUCCCCAAAACAGGAAAAGGAAAUUAUCAGACACAGCUGCAGAGCCUACAAGUGCCAAGAAAGCUGCAUUAUCAACACCUAGACCACAGUCAGCCCAAGGCAAAAAGACACCACCAAAUUCAGCCCAAAAAGGCCAGACACCACAACAGAAAAAAGUAAUUACUCCUAAAGUACUAAAUUCUGGAAAUAAAAAGCCUCAAUCAGCUACAACGCCUAAAGCAAAAACACCAACCCCAAAAGCAAAAACACCUCAAAACAUAAAGAAUUCUACAAAGGUAGAAGAGGAUGAUGAUGAGGAUGACGACGAUGAGGAGGAUGAUGUUGAGGAUGAUGAUGAUGAGGAUGAUGAUGAGGAUGAGGAUGAUGAUGAGGAUGAUGAUGAAGAAGACGAGGCAGUUCAGCCAGAAAUUAAGAAAGCAAAGCAGGAAACUGGUGCUAAAGGGAAAAAAAACCAAACAGCCCAAAACAAGUCACCAGAAAAAGCAGGUAUGCGAAAUAGACAUGGGAGUCAGAUUUUAGGAUAAUUAAGUUAAGUGGCCCAAAGGCUGCAAAUGACUUACACAUCAUAUCAGGAGCUUUAUCUUAUUACUUGUCAUAGCAGUGUGAUAGCAGUGUCUCGUUUUUAUUAGUUUUUUCUACACUGUUUCAUCGCACUCUCAGUCUCGGAGCUAAGAAAUUGUACAAAUUAAUUGCUAAAGCUCUAUAGUUUCAUUAAAUAUAUUUAUCUUAUUUGAUAUUUGUGAAUUGAAUUGCUUGCCUUAAGUUUUUUGCAAACUAUUUUAAUUUCGGUUCUUAGGGAACUGUUUCCAUUUAAAAGAUCAUUGCAAUUUUGUAUGCUUUGGGUUCUGAGUUAAUACUUUUAUUGUUAUUUCUUGGCACUCUUGAUUACCUUUCGUGUUAAUAGUUUGUAUUACAUUCAAUUUCAGGAACACAAAAAGUUGAUGCAGACGCUUCCAGAAAAAGUAAAUAUAUACUUUAAUUUGUAUCACUUAAAUUUGUUUUUUGAACAUAUUAAUUUUUUAUUUGGCUCAUAGCAAAAGUUUUUCAGUUGUUUGUGUAAAUCCAUUACAAAAUCUUGGAUAACUGUCCACUUCUUUGAGUGGCCAGCAUUGGCUUAUGACCCCUGUUAAUGUAAGGUUCACAUGUUUGUUAAAAGAGAGGAGCUAAGUUCUGUUUUUUAACUCUAUUAUUGUCAAAAUAAAUACGUCAACUGCCCAUACCCCAAAUAUUAUCUUUAUAAUUGUAAAUAUAUUAACAUGCAAUGACAAAUCUUGCAAUUUAAUACUUUUUCAUUUGAUUGGCGAUAUUAUGUUUAAAAAAUUAGCUAGAUUUCCCAGAAUCGUUCACAUUCCUUCCCACACAAGAUAUCUCUAAAUGUGUAAACAACCAGGUAUUUUUGUGAUAAGUAACCUAACAAUGUUUUUUUUUUGCCAUAUAUAAUUGGCUAAUAUGUAAAAGUUUUUUAAUUCUCUGUGACGUUUAACCUUACAUUGUUGGAGUCAAUGUGCACAUUUCUAAUUUCAGAUGAUAGGGAUGUAAGGACACUGUUUGUGAAAAAUAUACCCAGUAAUUGUUCAGUAAAAGAAAUAAAAGCCCUCUCUAGUGAUAUCAAGCAGGUCAGACUGAGGAUUAAUACUAAAGUAUAUAACAAGAAUCCUAGAAACGGGCAAGUAUUCUGCUUUUUAUUAAUUUGCAUAUUUCAUGUUAUUUUUUAUUUGAACUGAAGUUAAGAUUCUAACCUUAAAUCUGUAUUGGUUCUCUUUCCUAGCUUCAUUGUAUUAAUUAUGGACGUACUUUCAGGUAUGCUUAUGUUGAGUUUGGCAGUGAAGAGGCAGCAGAGAAAAACUUUCCCAUCCUUAAGGAAGCCAGCAUCAGGGGUAACAAGUUGACUGUAGACUAUGUUGGAGCUAAAAGUUUGAAUAUCAAGGGACAUAAGCAAGUUACUGAUGGUUCGUUAUUUAAUUUUUAUGUGGCUAGUCUAAACAAAAAAUCUUUAAAUGUUUGUUUUUUAACAUUUGUUCAUACCUGUAAAGCGUAUAAUUUUUAAUCCAAUUGAAGGGUAAACGGAGGUAAUUUUGUUUUUAAGUUACAACAAAUGAAUGAAAAAUUCAUAUUUAUUAUCUUUCAAUUAUAGUAUCCAAUUGUGGGACAUGGUAUGGUGUCUUUUUUCACAAGUUCACUAUUGUCACCACAUCAUCUGUCUCAGACCUGUUGAGUCUAACAAUUUAGUCUUUAAAAUUAAGACCGCCACAUUUUUGUGAUUGAUAGUGAAAAGAAGAGUGGGGGGAGGCUGAAAAUACAUGUUAAUAAAAAGUUCUACAAUAUUCACCUGAAACGCUGUAAAAAUAUUAUAUAAUGUUUUGUAGUAAUUAUCGUAAAUGUUUGCCAUGUAUUUUCACAAAUGAACUCAGAUAUAUUAGUAGAACUAAGUUACAAAUUCAGGUUUUUACAAGGUUCCCUGUGUAAAAUUUUUACAAGUACACUUCAAAAUAGCAACUACAUAACAAAAUAAAAUAAAAGGUUGUCUAAAAAUAAAUAUAACACAUAUUAUUAUGUAGGUUGCUAAGCGCCAUCUAGUAACUGCAAAAAAUAGUUACACAUGUGGGUUACUGUUGGCACUAUGACCUUUAGAUGUUGCACUAAAAGGGGAUGUAAAAAUUUAUGAAAAUUUUGUAGUUUUUCGCAAAGCCUCAGUGAGGAAGUCACAUUAACCCAUAUAGAAAAAUGUGCCCCCCUCCCCCUUAAAGAAUUUUUUUAGCGCCCCUUUUCUUUGUGAAAUUAAUGGUAUUUUAUAGCUCUUAAUUACUAUUAAGGUCUUACUGCUCGUUGCCCCUUUCUCAUCGCUCUGCCUGAGGCCAGCAUGGCAACCAGGGCGAUUCUGCAUAUAUUAUGGGAACCACUGGGCUCACCGAACAGCCAGCGGUGAAGAUCAGUAACACAUUUUGUUUACUGUAACAUCAUAAUUAUUAGAAAGAUUAUUUAUUUAUUUUUUUCCAAGGAUGGGUCGGCAGCUAAUUUUGAGAUUUUGAUAUUAUGGAGCAGUGUGAUUUGAUAAGCGGAUUUGUAAAAAUAUGUUGUCUAAUUUUGUUUCAUAAUUUCUGAUGUGUAGAAGAAAGAGAUCCCUUAAAGCUGUAUUUGGCUGGACUACCUUUAGAUGUUACAGAGGCAGAUGUUCGCAAAGUAUUCCCUAAAGCCAAAGAAAUUAUUCUACCAAUCAGAAAGAAGGACAAGAAGUCAUUUGGGUAAGGACAAUUUUGGCACCAAUUUCGAUCUAUGCUUCAUAGUCCAAGGCCUUGUUUUCCUCUUGGUAUAUCAAAAUCUUUUUUUUUUUAAAAUUCAAGCAAUAGUAUUGUCAUUUUUCUUUUCUUUUUUUUUUUACAGCUACGGAUUUGUCACAUUUACUUCCCCUGAACUUGCUAAGCAGGCUCAUGACAAGACACAGGAUGUUAGCCUGAAAGGUGUAACACUAGUUGUUUUGUAUGCAAAGUUGAAAAAAGAAAAACCUCCAGCUGAUGAAAAAAAGAAGCAGCCGAAAAAAGCAAACAAGAAACAAAGUAAGAUAUCAUAAUUGUUUUUCUUGAAAUAAUAGUUAUUGAUUUUAAAAAACAAAUGCUGCAAGAUUUCCUUAUUUCAUUCAUUGUGACUAAAUUUGUGAUAUAUGGGUUUGAGACUGCCAGUCCUGAAGCACCUCUCGUUUUAAAAUGGCCAAGAAGUUCACAAGACUUUUUGGUGAUGGCAUGAUCUCAGUUUUUAAAUCCUUUAACUUCGCUUUUGUUUGUGAGUGGCUGGCUGACAAAAUCUUUGGAAGGCUCAUUGACCCACUUUUUGCCCCCAUUGCUUAAUAUUAAAUUUAUAGACAAUUUAUAGCCAAAAAAAACCUUAGUUCUCAGGGAUUCUUUAAUUUCAUUUGUUUCUUUUUUUAAUCUUGUUAUAAUCUAUAAUCUAGUCUGUGUUGAUCCAAUGAACCGGUACCACAGUAGAUGUUCAAAAGUUGUUUUUUUCUGCUGUUAAUAGUGUUAUGUUAUAUUUGUCCUUCAUGUGAUAAAAUUAAUUAGUUUUAAGCUUAAUUAAAAAAUGUAUAUAUUAUACAUUUAUAAUACUCUUACUUCCCUUUGUUCAAAAAUGGUGAAAGUGGAAGUCCCACAGCUAAUAAAGAUCAAUACUCGGAGGUCGCGAGAGUCUAUCUCUUAUGACCUUGGCCGUGAAACAUAGCCCAGUAGUCCCUGGGGACUCCGGCCAUGCAACUCGGCCCCGAAUAAGUGGGGGUUGGAACAGCUUUACUUCCUCUCCGGAGAUGACGUUGCGUUGCCACCUCCACCGCCCGUGAGCUGUACGUUUUUCCCUGGUGUGGGACGGCUUUGCUUCCACUCCGGGAGUAGUUACUGGCUUACUGUCUCCCACCGUCCCAAGAGUUGUGCGAGCAAGUUUGGUUCCCAACUAUUUGUUUCCCCCCGGGGAGGCGUUGCCUUGCCUCAAACCCGCGUUUUUCCGGGAGUGUUUCGGACUGGACUGUGCAGGGGUUAGAACGGCUUUAACUUCCUCUCCGGGAGAAGUGUUGCGUUACUUCAACCCACCGCUCUGGGAGCUGUUCGGGCUUGGACGUUGCGAGGACGAAACAGUCGCCUAGGGGCGGCUUACUCAAGGCCGCGUCUUUUUAAUCACUGGUAGUGAAUCUCUUCACUGCCUCAUACCCAUAACCGGCAACACGUAGUCAUGUUAGCGCUUAACUUCCGUUGCGUUAGAAGUCAUGCGUUUUGCAGUGUGUGAUCUUUGGCUUCCGGGAGCACGCCCGUACUGGUCUUCCGUGCCGCGAAGAGGCAUAUCACGUGCGACAUUUCCUCGAGCUUGGCAAUGUGACUUUCCCUUGAUCCAGCAAGCUGUCUCGAGGGAAACGUCGAAGAAGUCCCACAGCUAAAAGGGAUAAUUUCAUUCUUGCUUAAUGAAAAUAUUUUUUUGCCAACCAAUUUCAAGCUGUAUUUUUGAAUCAGGUCUCCCAACAGCUGUAAUCAAGUUACAAAAAUCUGCUAUUAACUCAGUCUUUCAAUGCAAGACAAAGGGGUUAUUACUAUUGUGCAAAGAGUUAUCAUUGUUUUAUUGGUAGAUUAUUACAGCUUAAGCCCCUAUUAUUUUUUUUAAUUUAGGGCCCUACGUUUGCCAGAAAUAUGAUCAGGUCGCAAAUACAGGUAGUGAAUUGACCAUUAGGCAUUUAUUCCAGUGUUGACUUUACUACUUGGGAUGAGGUAUCUAACCUUGUUUAUCUAAACAAAGACAUUUACAAAUACUGACAGAUUUGCAUCUUUAAUGUAAAUGUUUUAAAUUUCAGAUCCAGCUGAAAAGAAUGUUAAGGUGGAAAUUAAAGAAGAGGAUGAUGAAGAGGAGGUUUGUAUUAAUUUCAACUCUGUUAAUUCACGUAGCCCAUCUAGUAGAUAAGCUUAAUACUCACUGGCUUCUUUAGCACAACAUAGGGCACGAUUAGUUAAUGCACAAAAAAAAAGAUUGCAGUGUGUCACAUUAAACUUUAAGAUGUGUACCGUCCAAGAGCUUAACUUAAUUAAUCUUCAUUGAUAUGACAGUGAUGUGUACCGUUCAAGAACUUAACUUAAUUAAUUUUCAUUGAUGUGAUAGUGAUGUGUACCGUACAAGAACUUAACUUAAUUAAUCUUCGUUAAUGUGACCGUGAUGUGUAGCGUACAAGAAUGUACUUAAUUAUAAUCUUCCUUGAUUUGACAGUACAUGGUUCCUGGUAGGUUUAAUUUUCUCUGAUUAGAGGCUCAUUCAGAGGAACUCUUUGGUAACGCUACUCUUCAUUGAAAAACUGAAUCUGUACUGUAAUCAACUGAUUUGAAAUGGUAACAUGAAGUACCAGUAUAGUAAUAGAUAAUGAAAAGUAUUGCAUUGUACUACAAUACAUUUUUCAAACACAAUUCAAGACUACGAGACAAAUACUUGGCUUCUGAUUUCUCUUAACUGCCUAAAGUUUAUGUUAAAGUUAGAAAAUGUCAUUUUUGAUAUGAAAGGGUUGAGACUUGUUUUCAAGCGAAUUUUGGAAAAUAUGUGUUAAAUAAUUCUGGCUUUUUUGUUUAAUUCCAAAAGGAGAUGGACGAUGAUGAGGAAGAUGACGAGGAAGAUGAUGACGAUGAGGAAGAUGAUGAUGAUGAUGAUGAUGAAGAAGAUGAUGAUGAUGACGAAUAAAUACAAUCUGACAGAAAUAUUUAUGUUAUAUACGACAAAUAAAUUUGUACCCUACAGGAAAACUUU